UCCUGCAGAAGGUGGAGGGUGGGAAGCGAACACAAAACCGCUUGAGGCCAGGCGCAUUCUCACCUUUAGAUCCUGUGUCUUCUUCUACCAUCUCAUUCACAAGUCACCUGUCAGCUGUCGGAGCUCAGCGGAGAACCGGUCUGUGCGGGAGGGUUAUCAUUCAGACGUCAUUUCCCCAACUUUCGAUGGCCUCGAAGUCCACUUGCUGGGUGUAAAAUAUGAAGUACAAUCGAACCUCGCAAUUCGGAUAGAUCUAGAUCUAGAUCUAGGUUGGAAUAUAUGAUCAGAGGAUACGGACUGCUUCACCUAAAAAUAGAGUUUUCACGCGGCAAGCAGGGAGGGAAGCCUCACUACAUGCCAUACAUUGACGAACAAAAUUUAUUAUGGCAUAGACCACGUGAGGACUCUUCUUGUUCAAGUGCAACGAAGAUGGGAUGAAUGUGGCUAUUCUCUUUCGCUCUACGAGAUAUUUAAAAACUUCUAAGCGAACUGUAAAGAUAGUUAGGAGGAAGUACAACACAAUACAAUGCUGUGGGACGUCUCCUGCGACACUACUUAAUUCCUCUUCCCCUUCAUCCUAGAGCGAAAACUGAGAACGAUUUUUGCCGGACUCGGAGAGGCGCCAGGAAGAUGCCGAGCGGGCGAUCCAAGAAAUGGAAGAGGGGUCUGUCCAAGGCGGACUUUGCCGAGAGGACGCUGAAGGACACCAAGUCUCACGGCUUCCAGAACCGCCUGGGCAAGACAAUCAAGAACAACGUUGACCUGAUUGGCUGGCACGAGGUGUCGCACGUGCACUUUUACCGCCAGCUCCUGGUCGAGUUCUUCGGCACCUUGUGCCUGGUGGUGAUGGGCUGUAACUGCAUCACGCCCUACAGCUCCAUACAAACUGACGCGGUGUGUUGCUUACAUUCUGGUCCAGGUGGCUGGAGCUAUCUGUGGGUCUUGCUUCCACACCUACCUCAGGGGACAAGCGAUCGGCUCCACAUGCCAGACCCUACUCCACCGCUCCAUCGGCGUGGACGAGACGAAAGGCUUCAUCGUGGAGUUCUCCAUCUCCUUCUUCCUCCUCUUCUUUGUCUUCGCCACCAUCGACCACCACAGGGAGGACCACGGGGGGUCGCACGCCUUCAUGGUCGGGGGCGUCAUUGCCGUGCUCGUCAACUUUGCCGCCGAGAUGACCGGAGCAGGCAUGAACCCCGCCAGAUCCUUCGGCCCUGCCCUCAUACACGGCAACUGGGACGCGCACUGG